UUAAUGUAUAUACAAACGUCGAAACGGAGAUGUUUCAUUUUUCAACUGUUUGGAAAUUGUUUACAAUGAAGCGAACUCGCAAUGUUCACAUCCGACUGACAUGUAUUUCGUACAGGUGAGUAUUCUCAAGUCGGAAAGUCACGGUCCGGACGUCACUCUUGAAUUCCGCGACAAGUUCGAAUUGUUUGGUCAACUGUUGUGCAACCUGACAUGUAAAUUCGAGUCGUUGUUAUAUUUAUCCGUGAAUUACAUCUCCACGAACGAUCCUAAACAAUUUAUGAGCGGGAUUGUCAGAACGUGGAACUAUAUUAAAAAGCAGGUAAGACACUUGUAUUUUACAUAUUUAUGCAUUUCUUGUAUAAGUAUUUACAGGAUUGACGUAUCAAUUAUACAGGUCUGUGAAAAAUGUUCCAAGAUUCAAGUGGACAGUCAUACGCAAUCUGGAGUACCGUUAUCGUCGCUCCUUGAAAAUAUAAAGAAAAAGAGAUCUGUAAUAAAGGAAUUUUUGCACGUUCAAGAGACUAAAUACAGUCGUGAAUAUCUCGCGAAAUGUUACGUUUUGUUAAAUGAAAUUGAAGGUCUAUUACGUAAUCUCAAAAGAUCCGAUGAUAAGGCACGUAUCUAUGAGUACCGUUAACGUUUAAUACAUCGU